AUGACUGCAUCGUUAUCUGUGUCGCCUAGUGCCCCAGUAUCUCCUUCUGAUGCUGUGUUCCUAGCUACUGCCGUCGUUCUGGUAAAAAAUCGUGCUGGAAGCUUCGUGCCUUGCAGGGCGCUUUUAGAUUCUGGCUCCCAGUUACACUUUGUCACAACUCGCCUUGCAAACCAAUUGCAGCUUGUAAAAGCAAAAUCUUCUGCUACAGUAUCUGGCAUUGGAGAUGCCAAUUUCUCAACGGAGGGUUACUCAGUCGACCUCGUACUGAAGUCGCGGACUUCAGAUUUCCCAACAAACAUAACAGCUGUUGUUGUGCAAACCAUAACCGACAACCAGCCUGGCUGCUCCGUGAGCACCAACGAGUGGGAUGUUCCGUCGAAUAUACAACUAGCUGAUCCUGGGUUCAACUUACCGCAGCGAAUUGAUCUGCUCAUUGGAGCAGCAUUGUUCUUCGAUCUGCUAUGUGUGGGGCAGAUACGCUUGGCAUACGGUUUACCACUCCUUCAGAAAACACGCCUCGGUUGGGUGCUAUCUGGAGGGGGGCAACAAGCUCCAAAACUAUCAUCUUUUGUGGUGCGACGGAAGUCCUCCAGUGAUAUUAUUUCCACUCGGUUGGAAGAUUUAGUGCGUCAGUUCUGGGAAAUAGAGCACAACUUCGAGCCGAUCUCUAAGGCCUCCCAAGAAGAUAUCGACUGCGAAGCCCACUUCCGGGAAAAUUAUUUGCGAUUGUCAUCAGGCGAAUACUCAGUUCGUCUUCCCAUGAAGAGUGGUGUGGAGGCCCUUGGAGACUCCUAUUUGCAAGCUCGUCAACGCUUCGAAAGUCUUGAACGAAAAUUCGCUCGUAACCCUGAGCUUAAAACAGAAUAUAGUAAGUUCAUAAAGGAAUAUCUGGACGUUAAUCACAUGUCGCUAGUUACCAAUGAGGUUUUUCAACAAUGCAAGUAUUUUCUGCCGCAUCAUUGCGUCAUCAAGGAUGACAGUAGCACAACAAAGCUGAGA